UUUUUUUUUUGUCUUAACAGCCCCGGCCAUGGCUGCUCCCCGACUUUUCCGCCCUGCAGCUCGUCUGCUUUCUUCUCGCCUUUCCUCUACUCCUCUCCGUCCUGUUUUUCAAAAAUCCGCCUGUGCUCCGGCUAUCUUGCGUGCCCGGGGUUAUGCUACGGAAAGCGGCGUUAAGGAAGUCACCGUUCGAGAUGCAUUGAACGAAGCCCUUGCGGAAGAGCUGGAGAGCAACCAGAAGACAUUCAUUCUGGGAGAAGAAGUUGCGCAGUAUAACGGAGCAUACAAGGUCACAAGGGGUCUUUUGGACCGCUUCGGUCCUAAGAGGGUCAUCGACACACCCAUUACUGAGGCAGGAUUUUGCGGUCUAGCUGUCGGCGCUGCUCUCGCUGGCUUGCACCCCAUUUGCGAGUUCAUGACCUUCAAUUUUGCCAUGCAGGCCAUCGAUCAAAUUAUCAACUCCGCUGCUAAGACACACUACAUGUCCGGCGGUAUUCAGCCUUGCAACAUUACAUUCCGUGGUCCCAAUGGAUUUGCCGCCGGUGUUGCUGCCCAGCACUCGCAAGACUACUCGGGCUGGUACGGCAGCAUUCCCGGAUUGAAGGUGGUGUCUCCUUGGAGCUCUGAGGACGCCAAGGGUCUGCUGAAGGCCGCCAUUCGUGACCCUAACCCCGUCGUUGUGCUGGAGAACGAGCUUCUUUACGGUCAGGCUUUCCCCAUGAGCGAAGCCGCACAGAAGAGCGACUUCGUUCUACCCAUUGGCAAGGCCAAGAUCGAGCGACCCGGCAAGGAUCUCACUAUCGUUUCUCUUUCCCGCUGUGUCGGGCAGUCUCUUAACGCCGCCGCUCAGCUUAAGCAGCAGUACGGUGUUGAUGCUGAGGUUAUCAACCUCCGGUCCGUCAAGCCUCUUGAUGUUGAGACCAUUAUCCAAUCACUCAAGAAGACCGGUCGUUUGAUGUGUGUCGAGUCAGGUUUCCCCAUGUUUGGCGUCUCUUCUGAGAUUUUGGCUUUGUCCAUGGAGUAUGGUUUUGACUACCUGACCGCCCCUGCUCUUCGUGUCACCGGUGCUGAGGUUCCUACCCCCUACGCCGUUGGUCUCGAGAACAUGAGCUUCCCCCAGGAGGACACCAUUGUCGGCCAGGCCGCGAAGCUGCUGCGAUUGUAAUAUGGCCCUUGUAUGAGCGACGAACGAACGAGGGAAGCCUGAGAUAAUCGCAGUAAUAAAAACAUGUGCCUAGUACCCUUUACUGUUACAAUCUUUUCUUUUGUUUUUUCUAAUUUUCCCCAGCCAACUUUUUUUUUUU